UUUAAUUUUUUUCAUGUUUUUAAAUCAAACUUUUCCUCCCCUAUCAAGCUCGCUUAGCCAAAUCCGUAGUGUUGAAAAAGGCCGGGUUGCUCCUCAGUACACGAACACUAAAGCAUUUCGCUUAGAUUUUUUCUCAUCAGUUGCUUGCUAUUAACAAGAUGUCUGUGACAAAGAUCAAACCCGUUAAGCUUGCAUUUGAAAAAUUUGCUGCAAAGGCCCCUUCCAGCAAACCCCCUUUGGUGAUGCUGCAUGGGUUCAUGGGGUCGAAGCAAAAUUGGCGUGCAAUCUCCAAGUUCUUUGCCUCUCACCUUAAAAGAGAUGUGUUCAUUGUCGAUCAGCGCUGUCACGGAGACUCGCCGCAUGCUGUCCCGUUGAACUAUCCGGCCAUGGCCGCCGACAUGAAGGCUUUCCUCGAGGAGCACAAUAUCGAGAAGGCUGCUCUUCUCGGACACUCAAUGGGUGCCAAAACGGUGAUGAGAACGGCGUUGUUAUGGCCGCAAAAGGUCUCGGAGCUAAUCGUUGCCGACAAUUCGCUUCGCAGAAUUCCAACGCACCCAGAUUUCAUUAAGAAUCUUCGGUGGAUGAUGGAAAUUGAAAAAGCUCGUUUGACCAAGCGUGGCGAUGCGGACAAGAUGAUGACACUUUCAGAAAAGGAUCCACUCAUUCGUGGCUACCUGCUCUCGAACUUGGCUCGUCACAAAGCCAAUGCGACUCUCCAUUUCCGUGUGCCAUUACAGGUAAUUCUCGACGCACUUCCAGACAUUGGCGCCUCGCCAUUGACGCCUGACUGUCGGCCAUACACGGGACCAACUUGUGUCAUUCGGAGCCUGCAAAGUGGAUAUGUUGAACCUGAGGAUCUCGAGGAAAUGAAGCGCUGGUUCCCGAACAGUACUCUCGUUCCUUUGGAUUGCGGUCAUUGGGUGCACUAUGAAAAGACUGACGAGUUUAAGGCGGCAAUUUGCGACUUGCUUGACCCUUAAGCGCGCUGAUGCGAUCGUGAUUGACGCUAUUUUUUGAGGAUACCCAGGAUACCCAUUCACAAGCACACACGAACUCUUUAGGAGUUCCAUUUUGAGGCACAUUUUGGCAUUUAAUAAAAUUCACUUUACAACCCA